ACACGUUCACAUAGUAUAGCGCGCGCUCGACGGUUCGGUUGUGUGCGCUGCAUUACAGAUAUUUUUGUUUUGAUUUGAUAGCUCGCGCGCACGAAUCGAUCUCCGCAAAAAGAGAGAGAGAGUCGCGUAGAAGAGCAGUGUGUACUGCACAAGUGCGGAGGACGAUGCUCGAGAGGAUAUGAUAGCGCGAGAAUGAGGGGAGAGAUGGACCAGGAGCCCCAAGACAACGACGUCUACGGCCUCGUUCGCGGACUCUGCGAGAACCUCUUUCGCAGGCACCACCAGGCUGAAGAGCACCCGUAUUUACCCCAACAGGACAACGAGAAGCAUCUGAGGAGAUUCAAGGCCAAGGCCUACGAGAUCCUUCUCAACAAGUCUGGCCAGGACUAUGCAAAACACAGAGAGCCAUGCGACCCUAUCGUAGAGCUGCUGAAGCAUGCCUACGUUCUCAAGGUUGGAGUGGGACGUGUUUCGCAAGCAGCUGAGUUAGAAAAGUAUCUAGACGAGUUCAUAGACAGCCACUUGGAGCCGGACUCUGUGGUCUACCGAACCCUGCAGUUUCUCAAUUGCUUGAAGUCCGUCGAUUUUGAGGAUGAGACGUCUCUGGAUAUUUUUUACUAUGGAAGACCACAUCCCUCACUGCCUGAAAUGCUCUACGACGAAGGUGGAAUACCCCCUUUUCAAGUCUACCCUUGUGAGGCAUUCUAUUUGCCUAAGAAGUUUGAGACAAUGUUCAAACAGGAGCAAGGUGGGGUCAUUAGGUACAAUGCAGCUGAGCCUGGAAGUAAACUGGCUUUACUUAAUCGCUUCACAUCACCUAAUUCUCACGUACAAAAUACUAGGCACAAUUAUCACUUUGAUAUAAAAACGUCAAACAUAACACGGCGCACAACUGAACUACUCAAUGGAACAGAUGUAUCUCUGAGUUCGUAUUUUAUACCACAAAUAAAAGAUGUAGGUAGCUCAGAGGACCAGUUUCAAGUAUGCAAAGAAGGAAUCGUCACUGAGCCAGAAUCUCCCUGGCAGUGUCCAGAUCCUCUGCAGUGGUUUGCCGAGCAGAAUCGGGCGGCUGCAGAUAAGCCAACCGAAAUCUGCGAGAUAGAAGACAACGAUGCGGACGAGGAACUCGCAAAGCUGGACAAAGUAUGGGAGCAGAUGGACAAAUUCUCUUCUCUCUCGUCUCACCGAACCUGGGAAACCCUGGGCUCGUCGGACCCAUCGAAAGAGCCCCCUUUUGUCUCAGAGUCAGUGGAAGCCACGCUGCAUCUGGUGAACGUCGCGCAGAGCGACGUAUUUCCAGACCAAAUUGUACAAGUUUCCAGAGGCGAGUUUAUCAGCAACAUGAAGCUCUUGCUGCUGGGAGUCGAAUCUACGAUGUUCAUGUUCAACCCCGCGACCGGUUUCGAAUUGAAGAAAAAUCUGGCAGUCCGGGGCGUGAGCGCGCGGAGUCUCGAGAAUCUCAGCUACGAGGUGUGCCGCUGGGGCACUUGCUUCCGCAACCUCUCGGACCUCACUGUUCCCGAUUCUCGGUCCGGCAAACUUCGCGUCGAGGGACUGAUAUUCAAAGCGCUCUGCUCCAGCAUCAAGGAGUUCCUGCUCUUCUACCAUGCAGCCAUCCUGAAAGUUUCGCUGAACGACGCUUCUUCGGAUGCAGGUCUUUUGAGCUUCCUCAAUAAGGUGCGGCCUCUGGGUGGCCUCGUACUACGCGUGGCCGAACUCUGUCGCUGCGACAGUCAUCGCGCGAGUCCACUCGGUGAAGGCAUCGGGAUCCUCACGCACAUUUACAAGGAGGUGACUAAGGUGACGGAGCAGCGAGUCGCCCUGGUCUUCUACUCCAUUCUCCGGGAGUGUUGCGAGGUGUACUUCCGCUUUCUGCAGCACUGGAUCUUCGAGGGCGUCUGCGCGGAUAUCUACGAGGAGUUUAUGAUCCGGGUGCGGCCGCAGUACCUGCGCACACGGGGCCACCGUUUCUGGACGCGGGCGUUCAGCAUCAACCGGGCCUCGGUACCGGGCUUCUUGUCUCGACUCACCGACACGAUUCUCCAGUGCGGCAAGGCUGUGACGUUGCUGAAGAUCUGCGACCCUCAGAACCCUGUAUGUCGAGUCUCAGCAUCGAGCCAACCAAGAGUCAAGGUCUGUCUGAGCGUUGGCAUGUUGCGAGAGCAGGCGAGAUUUUACGAGGCGUACGAAGCCAGGGGCGAGCACGAGCAGGGCGAGGAGGUGUCACUGAGCUCAGCGAUUCGAGACGAGAAAGAGGCUGAGAGACGGCGUGCCGAGCUCGUCAUCGCCGCGCAGCAGGAUACCCUGCAGAGGCUGCGACGAGAACGCGAGGACGCACUGAGGAAGAUCAGCAAGGAAAAGAGCGACUUGCUGGAGCAGCUCAAAGGUCAGGCGGAGGAGGCCGCGCAGAGGCGAAUACGGGACCGAGACAAAGAGCUGAUGGAGGAUAAGCUGCUGCUGGAGGACGCGAUGAAGAUGGACGAGGAGGCCAAGAACGCCGAGAAAAUCGAGAGGGAAAGCACUAUUAAGUACUACGAAGAGUUGGCCGAGGAGGCAAAGAGGCAUCGCAUUCACGCUGACUGGAGGAUACGCAGGAUGAAGCUGUUCGACGAGCGGGUCGCCGCCAUAGCCAGCAUGAGACGGGAGUUCAUUAACACCCCCGAGGAACCUAAAGACUUUGUUGCGGCGGAGAAAGACGAGGUCGAUCCUGCCGAGGGCAUCGUGGUAUCCCAGCCGAGUUCGGACAAACCCGUAGCAGAGGAGGAAGUUCUCAGUGAGGAUGAGAAUAGCAACCCGACCUCCGUUAAGCUGGAUGAUCCGCCGGUGCAAAAGAACAAGGUUAAGAGCAUGGUUAAGAAGCUGAACGCCAUGAGCAAGGCUGAGGACCAGAAGAAUCAGAAUGUCGUAGAGCCAGCUCAGACGACUUCGAAGCCCGUGCGUCCGACGGUGCUAGAUAUAUCCAGUCCUCAUCGAAAGCUGUCUAUAGAGUUGACGGAUAAUCUGUCUGCAGCUCAACGCAACAAGCUUAAAGUGCUGCAGAGCGAGUUCGGCAUCAUCACGCCCAACAACAACGCGCCGGCCACGAUCCUCCGGGCCAUGGAGAACGAGGAGAGCAGGACAGAAUUGACGGAGACGCAAAUCAACAGGCUUAGGAACACGCAACACCUGACUAAUCUGAAUUGGGAAAACAUCGAGGGCAACGAGAAUCUGAAAAAGCACUUGGAGAGAGCAGAGAUACAAGAAGGCGACCAGACGGAGAUACAGCUGAACAGGCUGAGAAAUACUCAGCAUCUCACUCAUCUGAACUGGGAGAACAUCGAGAGCAUAGAGAACCUAAAAAAGCACCUGGAGAGUGGAGAGAUACAAGAAGGCGACCAGACAGAGAUACAGCUGAACAGACUGAGAAAUACGCAGCAUCUCACGCAUCUGAACUGGGAGAAAAUCGAGGACAACGACAAACUGAAGAAGCAGCUUGAGAGCGCAGAGGUACAGGAAGGUGACAAAACGGAGAUCCAGUUGAAUAGAUUGAGGAACACGCAGCAUCUCACGCAUCUUAACUGGGAGAACAUCGAAGAAAACGAGAAUCUGAAGAAGCAUCUCCUCGGUGAGAUACCAGAAGGCGAUAAGACAGAGAUUCAGCUGAACAGGCUGAGGAACACGCAACACUUGACGCACCUGAACUGGAACGACGUCGAGGGAAACGAGCAGAACAUCCAUCUCGCAAGUGAUGAUAAUACUCCACUGACGGACGCUGAGAUCAAUCGAAAUCGAGUGAUGUCCCACUUCUACAGUCGUAUGGACGAACUUGAAGAGCACAUCAGUCAGCCGAAGUCUGAGAACCUGACCGCUUGUCAAAAAAAUCGAAAUAGGAACAUGGCCCACAACACCGACCAGUUUGACUUCGAGAUCAACAGGUUCACCGAGCGCGAGCAACAGCAGCAUCAUCUGAAAGAAACACCGAUGUCGACCAAUACUGACCACUUUACUAUAUCCACGCACAGUGGAUCGGGACAGGUGCACAGCUGCGGGAACACGCCUUUUUCGGAAAUCACUAAUCAUAGCGACAUGUUAUUCGCGAGAUCGACGGACGGCAUGUCUACUGAUGACACGUCGCAACGUUCUCGCGGAUCUAGGUACUUCCAGGAAACACCAGCUUAUCCCGAGUUUAUAGGCCUCGGUUCCGCAGCCAACACUCCGUCGAUCGAGAAUCAACAGCAGCAACUCACAGUCGACGACGUCGAGAUGAUUGACAGCACCUCGCUUCAGGUCUACCUCGAGAAGUCAGUAAUUAUUCCGUUAAGGGUUCAGAGUCGCCUCGUCAACAACGCUAUUAUAAAGUAUUUGGUGAACGAGCACAAGAUGCUAUCGCAUCUGCACAGCCUGCGCAGCUACUUUUUUCUGCUGAACGGAGAGUUCGCUAAGACCCUGACACAGUCGCUCUUCAGGAGGCUCUACGAAGUCUCAUCACCGCUGGAGCUUUUCAACUCUUCAACGUUGAGCAAUUUUCUUGAGAAAGCUCUCGUUAGCUCGCUCAGUGGUAGUUACGCCAACUCCGAGUUACUCAGCCUUUCUGCUGUCGAUGUACCGACAUACUUGCAGACAUCAAAUCCAGAAAUUCUAAGCUGUCUCUCUCUAAACUACAAAAUAUCAUGGCCCCUAAACAUCGUGUUCAACGAUGUGGUGAUGCAGCAAUACAGCAGGGUCUUCAAGUUCUUGUUGAUGGUCGGUCGCGUACUCUGGGUUCUGCAAGAGGAUUUCCAGAUUCUAAAGAUCGAACGAAAGGCUGCUAUCACGGAAAAUCAUCACAAGCUUCAGCUUUACCGACACUCGAUGAUGCAAUUCAUGAACGCGCUACACACUUACUUGACCUGCAGUGUACUGCACGCUAGUUGGUCUGAGUUCGAGAGGGAGCUCGAAAGCGCGACUACACUUGAUGAGGUCUACGAGACGCACGUCAGUUACAUAAAGAAGAUUUUAUCGAGGUGCAUGCUGAAUAUCCGAGGCGAAAAAAUGCGCACCUGCCUUUGCAACAUAUUCAUGGUAGUGUUGAAAUUUCACAACCGCAUCCGCGCGCAGGAUUGGAGCGGCGCACAGCCGUCAUCUACCGGACCGAACUACGAGAACCUUGAGAAGAUGUACGUUACCUUCUGUGAACAGAGGACCUAUCUCGCCCACGUGGCCGAGAAACUCGCCAACAGCGGCUACCAACCCCACCUCAUGCAGUUCCUGCACGCGCUCAACAUCAAUCAUCGCUACGACCUCGCUUCCAAGAAAUAGAGCGUCGCGUUUAUUUUUGUUGCUUCGAAUGGGAAACAGACACUGCGUAAAAAAUAGCUCGUUUAAGAUAUUUUUAUCUAAUUACAUACAUCUUAUUGAAAUUUCAUGAUUCAAAUUCGCAAGCAAAUCUGCACGAUCACCUGCAGUAGAACCUUAAAAUUAAUAAAAGGUUACUUUAUUAAUAGAUUUUGCUAUAGAUCAUGUCUGUUUCCUAUCGAGUAUUUUUUUACCGUUACUAGAGUUCCUGUACUGAGUACGUGAAAGAAGGCCUGAUAAUACUCCGAAGUCGUUAUUUGGUGCUUUAGUGACGCACGAAUGAUUGAAUUUCCGAUGAGUAUAGACGUUAUUUAUUUGUCGGUGCGUACUUUCCAAUAUAGAUUGUACACUAACAGAUCCAGUAUUUUUCGCAUCACCCGAAAUUUGAAGGGUGUAUAGAUUUCACUGUAAAUAUGUAUAAUUUAGCUUAAUUAAAAAGAGAAAAUUGUUCCGCGAACGCGGAGGGUUUUUUCGUCCACGCUGCAUGCGAUGCAUGCCGUUAGCAAGAUCUGAUUUAAAAAAUGCGAGUCAUAGGCUUAGGCGCACGAAGUGUGAUUAGACGAAAUUUCGAGGCUCGCAAUUUUUUAUCACGUCUCUUUGGAAAAGAGCACAAAGGUUCUAGCUUGUUUCAGUUUCGCUUGAAUCAUUAGUUAAGAAUUCGUUACUGUUAUAGUCAUGAGUCGCAUUAAAUGUACGAACUAUGUUGCCAGCUUUAAAUUCUGUAUAUUGCUUUUGUCAAGCGAUCGCCAACCGGUGCGUAAUAUUUGUAAAAUUACGUUAUUAAUCCUUUUUUACGCGAAUCACAAUGUAUAGUUCUCAAUAUUAAUUUAUAGAGUUAAUCGACCCGCUAACUUGGAUUAUCAACCUCUAUGAGGGGAGGUUAUUCCGUGCUAUUGAUCAUUAUCAUCAUUUAUUUAAUUUCAGCCAUACGAUCAUAUGCUUCGUCGUCUACAAGUGUCCUUUCCACAGUUGCCAUAUUCGAAUUUAUUAUUUAUACAGCAUCAAAUCACAUGAAAUAAAUACUUUCGCUAUA